GUGUAAAAUGAGAUUAUGAAAGCUGCUGUUAAACAUUAUAAAAGCCCGUUCUCAAGACAUAUUUUAAAUCAAAACAUUUAUUGCUUCUCCCAACCAGAACCAAUUUUGGUAGACACAGAAAAGACGCAGUUCAUAUUAUUCUACGGGAGAUAAUUCCGAGAUGGCGCGUGGAGGAAUGUGGCAUAUUUUGGUGUUGGUCUACACAAUCUUUGGUAUUCACAUGAAUACUGCUCAGAUAUUUAUUGGUGAUACGAAUGUCCCUGGUAUCCUCUACGCUUUCCUGCCGGAACCACGGGAUGAUACCAACAUCAUGGACACCCUCUUCAACCUGAUACCUCUUCCAGAGAAUAGUGGAAUAGAUGGAAUCGACUAUGAUCCAGUGAAUGAAAUGGUGUACUGGAAUGAUUUCAAUAGGGAUCAAAUAAGUCGAAUCCAACUUGACGGCACGAACCGAGAAGUCAUUGUAUCUACGGGCUCCCCUCAUUCUAUCGCUCUCGAUCUGGUGAACGGGAAGAUCUACUGGACGAUGUAUAAUGACGAGGCUAUCUCACGUGCCAAUCUCGACGGUAGCUCGGUACAAGAACUCUUCCAUUAUACGAAUUUUGUACAACCUACUUCAAUCUUGGUGGACCCCGUCAAUGGGUUUCUUGUCUGGUCAACACGCAUAGUCAAUCAAGUUGUCAAGGCAACACUAAACGCAACUAACGAGGAGGUAGUGAGACCCAUCUAUGCUGAGGGGAUGUUCAAUGAGGAAUGUGCUGAUGACACCACCCGCUUGUUUUACUACACGAAAAGGACUGAAUUAGGCGUCACGAAUCUAGACGGGAGUGGGAAUAGAACCAUCAAAGUAUUCUCCACCGAAACAACGGGUAGUUCUCUCAGCAAGUACGGCAGCAGGCUGUUCUGGUCAGCUCAGUCACGUUCUACCACGAGUUAUGCCAUCACGAGCUUGAUCAACGAGUAUGAUAUGAAGUCAUCCACUCUCACGAUUCACAACAGUACGGUGACAUUGACGAGUGGCAACGAUCUUGCCAUCAGCCCUGUGACUACUCGGAUCAUAUCAAACACUCCAUAUAAUGAACCCGUUGCCAUCCAGGGUUGCCCUGACAACAUCGUCGUCACUAUCGACGACAACGCUUCGAAUGCGCCAUCGAUCUCAUGGACCGAGCCCGUACUCAACAGCUGGUCUAGCUGUCCCACAAUGGUCUUUCUAGGACCAGGAACUGAUGGAGGCGAUUUCCCUUUGGGCAUAACCGAGCUGUCCUAUCGGGCCAGUGAUGCGGCAGGAAAUACCGAUGAUUGCCAAUUUUCGGUGACUGUACGCAGGUCUAGUGAUGUAACAUUGCCCCCGACUAUGGAACUGCCUGACUGUCGUCAAGUGAAUUCGGGUAGCACUGCGCUCGUCACUUCAUGUUCUUCCGUUCUUCUAGUCCUUUGUAUCGCCCUCUUCCUCAUCGUCCUCAAAUAGGUCAUUGAUCGUCCACACAUCUUCGCCCUCUGCUGGUUGGUCGUUUAAUACCUGUGCAGAGCCACGGUGAGAAAAUGGAGAAAACAAAGAGUGGUGCCGUGCUUUUGCUCCAUUGUCUAUGUCGUUGAAUAAUAAAGAUAUGAAUAGGGCUAGGUUUGUAAGAAGUUAAGGUAAGGUUUCUAAUAGGUUAGGUUUAGUUUUCUAGGUAGUGUUAAUUUUUGGAAUUCGGUGAUCCCGGGUUGUUGUUUUUUUGCAGGGGAAAUUAUCGUAGAAUCGAAGAAAAAGUGGCGAUGUGCCCAUCAGUGACGUAUUUCUUAUCUUACACUAUUGUACUGUGGUUUGAGUGUAAAGGAUAAGUUGAGGAGUUUCUGAUAUCGUAGUUGUUUAUGCGUUUGGAAAUCAUUGUUAUUUAAGUAAAUCUAUAUAUAUGGAUUUCGUUUGUUGGGAAUGUUCUGAUACUCCUAUAAAAUACAUAAUUCAUAUGAAAAUCACAUAACCACUACAAUAUAAUGUAUUCAUGAUACUCUUAUAUAUCAGUUAUAAAGGCUACCUUACCAGGUAAAGUUUAGGCUCUGCAAUCCAAUAUUUCAUUAUCUCUUUCAUUAGCUAGUUUACAGAAUUUGGAUGGCUUGAAAACAAAGCAUUUUGUUGCUUAUAAAUUAUCUAUAUGCGCAAAUUGAUUUGGAAAAGCUGUAUGAGGGUUGUUGCCCUUAUUUUUUGUCGUAAUCAGUCAAAUCUGUCCAACGACGUGAGGCUCCCCUGGACGACUUGUGAACAAGUUAAUAAACUCUUUGAUUAAAAAGCAAGAAACUUUACCUGGUACAUUUUUCCUCUUGUUAUCGUUAUAAACCAGCACAUGGACUUGGUAUCGGAUGUCAUUUAUAUACGUGGGUGGGGGUGAGUGUGUGUAUAAAUCGUAAUUAACCCUAUCACGAAGAGGCACUCCUUUCUCAUUCUCCUUAUAAUAUAUGUAUAUAGGGCCUCUUUUCGCUCUUCUACGCGCUUCUGCCCUCUCUCGUUCUAUAUCUCUUUACUUCUCCGUUUACCCCACCCUUUCUACUUCGUUUUGCAUAAACGUGUACCUCUCGAUUCGCAGAUUGUUGUGCCAUGACUAUCCACUCAGUUAUUUAGAGUGAAUUAGAGUGCUGUAUCUGUGUCAUGUCGUAAAGAUAUUAUUGGCUUACAUAUUGGUGUAAAUUAAAAAAAAAUCUCAAGUAGAAAUCGAAUGUAUAUCACUUUUAUUAAGAUCUUGUUUGUAAUAUGGAUUUGUUUUGUUGGUUCUACAUGUCUAUAUGGUAUUCAUUAAACUUCUAAAUAUACAUGCUAGGAAGCAGUAUUAUUAAAUUCAGUAUUCACUUAGAAAUUGUUACAUUCAUGAAAGCAUAAAUAAAGGAAAAUGCAAUUCAAAUUUA